AUGUCCAAUGUUUCCAUGCAAGGUGCGGGGGCGGCGGGACCGGUCGACGGUCGCACGCCCGACCCGCCGACCUUACGUACCGUUCACUGCUGGCGUUCAACUUUGGGAGCUGCCGGCCUCGGAGAGGGAAGCAGCGGUUUCAAUACUAGUAUGGCGGAAACAGCGUCCAUUGCCCAUAGUCCGAAAUAUAUGCGCAAACGCCGACGGCUGUCUAGACUUCUUGAUAAACUUGCCGUGCAAAUAAGUCAUAACAAUAAUAACCAUUACCCAUUACCACAUUGGCUCAUGCUCGACUCUACUUGUUAUAACUCGAAAACCUCCGAAGAUGUUCCUCUCGAUUUGUCUUUAAAAUCGGAGGUUCCAAAAGUGUCUAAAGAAACAUCCGGAUAUGCAUGUGACACUUGCGGCCAGACUUUCGCCGUUCACGAUCGUCUGGCCAAACAUGUUGCCUCUAGACAUAGAGACAAGGCACCGGAGGCGACACGUGCUUAUGAAUGUGAGAUAUGUCGUCGACGAUUUGCCCGUUCGGAUAUGCUGACUAGACAUGCUCGUUUACACAGCGGCGUAAAGCCUUACUCUUGCUCUGCCUGCGGACAGGUAUUUUCCCGCUCAGACCAUUUAGCCACACACCAGCGUACUCACACUGGCGAAAAACCCUAUCGAUGUCCCGCUUGUCCUUACGCCGCCUGCCGACGUGAUAUGAUUACGCGGCAUAUGAGAACGCACACACGAAAGCCACAAGCCCCAGAAAUCUAAACGACAUUCGAAAUGGCAUGACACGACAUAAAAGAAAAAUCGGGUACAGUGUUUUCGAUUUAUCUUUUUAUGCAUACUUAUAUUCUUAAAUUUAUUUAUUCCUUCGAUGUAAUUUUAGAUAUUUAUACUUUGGCUAUAUUAAUUUUUAAUUGUAGGAUAACAAGGACUUCGUACUACGUUUCUAUACCUACUUAGGUAAGGACAUAUCUCAUUGCAGUAUUUGCAUACUAUACUUAAACGCGAAUUAUAUUGCUCAAAUGCGAAUUCAUCUUUUGAUUAAAAUAGUAUGUACUGCUGAGCGCAAUGCGAUGUGUCUUAAGUUAAGCUAAGUUAAUCGUUUUGCUUUGCAUAUUAAUUAUUGUAUUAGAACCGCGACUUUAGGUAUUUAUUGUUACGUUUUGUAUUUUUUAAUAUUCCGGAAAUUAUCAUUUAGCAGGUUGUCUGAAAUGUUUGUGUUCAACAGACCUAAUUAUUAAUAAAAUUAUUUAAAAAAAGCCUAUUAAUUUUUAGCUAUUAGUUAUAAGGGUUUCAUAUUAAGCAUGUUAUGGGUUUUUUUAUAAGUGCUUUAUUAGAUAAUGAUGUAUUUAUUUUUAUCAAUUUCUAAAAAAACUAAUGCUGUCUACAGUUAUUUGGUGUAGUGUAGGUACUUAUAGGUAUCUUGUUCAGAGAAAUCUUCACUCUUACUAUUUAAUAACAAAUGUUUUGUAUUUUUAAGAGAACUAAUGUUUCGUUAAUCGGCAAAAUAAUAUUUAAAUUAUUAAGAGUAAUAGCUGUAAAUUCUUAUUAUGCAGAUACAAAGAAAUCUUUGAAGUAAGUUUUCCUUAAUAUUAUGCUUUUAGAGGUUGUUCUCGUGUGUUAUAACAUUAAUAUUAAUAUUAAGAUUUACUUAAUAUAUUGUACGUUCUUAUAUGCUUUAGUAGGCAUACAGUAGAUAAAUAUAAUGCAUCCAUUUUGUUAAAUUAAUGUAAAUGAAUGGUUAACAUAAAACGUUAUUCGACGGUUAUCAAACUAUCUACAUAUUAAUAGGUAUUUCUUUACCAACCUUAUGUUUUUUGUUUGGUAGUGAGAAAAAAAAUAGUAAGGUUGAGUUUUUUGACGAGCGUUAUAUCAAAAAAAAAAUUCAAAAAAUAGAUAUUUAAAAGUAUAACUGAAAAACAUACAUAUUAAUAUAUGUUUUUCUAAAAUUUUAAAUAAUGAUUAUGGUCGAGGAAAGGUUUUCGACCAUUCGGCGUUCAAUGGUUUAAUUUAUUGACCACAUAUUAAUUUAUUUUUUAUUCUUUUUUAUGUUUGACUUGUUAAUACAAAACAAAAUGAUUAUAUUUUACAAAACUUUCUUAUAGAUUAAAAUUUUUUCAUUAACAGUUACUAUUACGAUUUUACCUAAUAACAAUGCCUUAUGUAUAUAUGUCACUUACAAAGAGCGUCAUUACACUUGUAGAGACUAAUUUAUGACGCAUAAAAAAUCUACAUACCUUCCUACUUUUUAAUCUGGCGUUCGCCAUAUGUGUUGAGGAUAGAAAAAAAUUCAGUAAAUUUGGAAAUGAACAGCAAAUCUAACAAAUUUUUACUAAUAUCUUCUGCGGUUUUUGGAUUGCUGAAUGAAAACGCAUUCCUUAAAAUUAAUAAAUAAUAUUUAUAAUAAUUAAUAAAUCAUGUACGUUUAUUAAACCUGCUCAAAGCUGGUUAAAAUAUUUCUGGAAAUGUAUUAUUGUAUGACAUAAUUAAACACAGCACAUAUUUUUUAAACUUUUAAUAUAUUAUGAAAAUGUUAUAACUAUUUAUAUAUUAUACAGCGUUGAUAGAAAAUGCAAUAAAUUAUAUAUGCGCUAAAGAUACAUUAAGUACUUUAACAUCCCAAUAAUUGUUUAACUAAAUCAGAGUACAUAUAAAUAUCACUCUAAACAAAAAGAUAUAUAGAUAACGUAUGUUACAUAUGUUUUUUUAAUUGCAUUGUACUCAUUUUUAGAAAGUAAACAAUUUAUCGUUUGAAAAAUUUACCGUUUUGAUUUCGUUAUAUAAUUCUUCAAGUAUAUUAGUUGAUUUAAUUAUAUGGUGUUGAUUAAGAUUAUUCAUAAACCUAGCUGUAUAUAGGGAUUGCUGUUAAUUUUUAUUACUGUGAUAAUUUGAUUAUUUGUUUUAUUGUAGUUAUUACA